AUGAUGAGCAGGAAGACAGGAGAAGAGGACCCGGUAGUCACAAAGCAGAAAUCUUACCAGAAAAAAGCUUUCGAGUUCAUCUCUAGAGCCCUUACGAUCGACGAAAACUCAGGACAGAAGCAUCAAGCCAUCUAUCUAUACCGAAAGGGCAUUAAUGAGUUGGAAAAAGGCAUAUCUUUGGAGAGCAGAGGGUGUGAGUUCACAAAGCGCCGAGAGAAGAUGCUAAGUAACGUAGACAUGAUCAGAGAUCGAUUACAUCUGCUAGAAACCCUGCUUGUUUCUGGCUCAGAGAAGCUUGAUAAAACUUCCGGGCGUGCCAACGAGUCUGAUAAAUCUACCAAACCCACACUUACAGGAGUGAAUGCACUUGUGCCCAAUAAGGUGAAACCAAUGACCAACAAAAGCUCAAUUUUCUCAAGGGGCGUCGUGGUACACAGCUAUGGAGGGAGUGGCAGCAGUAGCAGUCACAGCUCUCAGCCUCCGAGGUCGCUCCAUUCAAAAGGUAGCAGAGAAAACCGAGUCCCUGGAAAGACCACAGCGUCUACGCGAGUCAAAACACCGAGCAAAAAGAAACUAACCAGUCUGAAAAAUGUGGACUCCAGAUUGGCAAACAUCAUCCUGGAUCAGAUUAUUGACAGUGCGCCCUCUGUGAAUUGGGAUGAUAUUGCAGGGCAAGGUGUAGCGAAGCAAGCCCUGCAAGAGAUCGUCAUUCUACCAUCUUUAAGGCCUGAGCUAUUUACGGGUUUAAGGGCUCCUGUCCGUGGGCUCCUGCUUUUCGGACCACCGGGCAAUGGAAAAACGAUGCUGGCUAAAGCUGUGGCUAGUGAAUCCAAUGCAACAUUCUUCAACAUGAGUGCUUCCGCACUAACAUCUAAAUGGGUUGGAGAAAGCGAGAAGCUGGUGAAAGCUCUGUUUUCUGUGGCCAGAGAACUGCAGCCUAGUUUUAUUUUCCUGGAUGAAAUCGAUUCGUUGUUGUGUGCGAGAAAGGAGGGAGAACACGAUGCCAGUAGGAGACUUAAAACAGAAUUUCUCUUGGAGUUUGACGGGGUAUGCAGUGAAAGUGAUGACCGAAUCCUUGUUAUGGGGGCAACUAACCGACCAGAAGACCUAGAUGACGCUGUCGUAAGGAGGUUUGCUAAAAGGGUCUACGUGAAGCUGCCAGAACUAGAGACGAGAGUUGCUAUCAUUUCUAAACUUUUGGAGAAGCACCACAGCCCCCUCAAUCAAAAUGAGUUGGAAAACUUAGCAAGACAAACUGACGGCUAUUCAGCAAGCGACCUGACAAACUUAGCCAAGGAUGCAGCACUGGGACCAAUAAGGGAAUUGGAACCUACCCAAGUGAAAUCUUUGCCAGCAUCCCAAAUACGUGAGAUAAGGUACUCAGACUUUUCUGACUCCCUGAAGAGAAUACGUUCUAGCGUAGCUCAGAACUCUCUGUUAUCCUUUGAGCAGUGGAACAGCUAUUAUGGGGACAUGACAACCUAA